AUCUUUUUUUGUAAUCAGUCUAGCAUUAAGGUGUUUCAGUUGAAUGAAGUUUAAAAUUCAGAUCACCCUUAAACUUUUGAAUCAUUUCUAAGUCUUUACAUAGUUUGAAGCCAUCAUCCACAACGCCUCCAGAAUUUGCAAAUUCUGGUUGAUCUUAUAGAAGUAUUCAAAUUUUGUUAAUUAAAACGAAAAUUAAAUCACUCCACCAUAUCAAUGUUAUCACUACAUAAAGCUCACUCUAUGCUUCAAAUCACCUCCUUGCUCCCAAUUAAUUACUUAUAUUAAGUUUUGUAGUUUGCUGUUGUUGUAGUGAAAUCUUCAAAUCAACUACUUUUAGUUUUUUCUCUUCAGCAACUUAGUUAAAUACAUAAACCAAUUAAAUGCAAUUAAAAGUUUUUCGUUUUUAGCGUAACGAAGUCGUUUCUGUCGCUGAUUACAGGCAAUUAGUGCUCCGACGCAUCAGCACGUGUGUGUGUGACAUAGCUUUGGCUCUCUAAGCGCCUAGUCCAUCAAGCACCCAAAUGCACAAGCACGAACCGACGACGCUAAUCGAUGCGUCAGUACAAUAUGAGAAGACCUCUGGCCACAUGUAUUUUUGCAACAAAACAUCUGAGAGACACCGAAUCCGGAUAUAGGCGCGAGUUGUUGCCUUUAAGUAGUUGUUAACAACAAUUGCCACCUUGAAGUAAUCACAGUCGUGGUUGUUCCUUUUGUUCUAUCUGCUGCUCUUGCCUUCUAUGGCGGCAUUUGUUAACUACAGUGACUUUGCUGCAGUUAGAUUGACUACACGUUACUGAAGUGUGCAGAACGAAGUAACAAACAUUUGGUUUGUCGUGGAGGCGUAAGGCGUAUAUCUGGUUUGAUAGGUGAAGAAAUUCGUGGAGCUUGAAUAGAGCGUGCAGUGUUCAGAACGAAGUGAAAAGUAAGUAAAGGUGGUGCUGACCGUCAUCGUGGAGUUUUACGUGAUAGCAUCAAGGGAUACUCUAAGCCUGUUAUUAGACAAUUGGUCCGUCGUGGAGGUGUAAGGCAUACAUCUGGUAUAGAGCGUGCAGUGUUCAGCUAGUAAAAGUGUUAAAGUGUAAAAGUUUGAAUCUUAAGAAGAAUAAUUUAUAGAAGAGAAGUGUCUCAACAAAAGAUGUAAAAUUUUUUUUAAAUUAUCAGAAGAAUAAUUUCAAAUAAAAGAAGAUGGAAAAAUGUUGAAUCAUAAGAAGAAGAUGUAAAAAUUUUUAAAUUAUCAGAGGAAAAAUUUCAAAUAAAAGAAGAUGGAAAAAUGUUGAAUCAUAAGAUGUAAAAAUUUUUAAAUUAUCAGAAGAAUAAUUUCAAAUAAAAGAAGAUGGAAAAAUGUUGAACCAUAAGAAGAAGAUGUAAAAAUUUUUAAAUUAUCAGAAGAAAAUUUUCAAAUAAAAGAAGAUGGAAAAAUGUUGAAUCAUAAGAAGAAGAUGUAAAAAUUUUUAAAUUAUCAGAAGAAAAUUUUCAAAUAAAAGAAGAUGGAAAAAUGUUGAAUCAUAAGAAGAAGAUGUAAAAAUGUUUAAAUCAUAAGAAGAAUAAUUUAAACAAAAGAAGUUUUUAAAGAAAAAGAGAAGUACAGCAUUGUAAAAGUAAAAAUAAUUUGCUAAGAAGAAUUUCAAUCAAAUUAAAAUUAAUCUAAAAGAACAAACAAAACGAAUUCGUAAAGAAAAAGAGAAGUACAGCAUUGUAAAAGUAAAAAUAAUUUGCUAAGAAGAAUUUCAAUCAAAUUAAAAUUAAUCUAAAAGAACAAACAAAAACGAUUUCGUAAAGAAGAAGAGAAGUACAGCAUUGUAAAAGUAAAAAUAAUUUGCUAAAAAGAACUCGAAUCAAAUUAAAAUUAAUCUAAAAGAACAAACAAAACGAUUUCGUAAAGAAAAAGAGAAGUACAGCAUUUUAAAAGUAAAAAUAAUUUUCUAAGAAGAACUCGAAUCAAAUCUAUAAUUAGAAUUAAUAUAAAAAUAAGUAUAUUCUUACAUAUUGUUAAUACUAAGAUGGACUUAAACGAAAUAACGACUUUAACUGUCAACGGACUGAAAGAGAAGUUGAGGGAAUUGGGUAUUUCGACUACAGGUCAAAAACGUGAUCUUCAGGAAAGACUUAUCCAACACUACGACUUAUCGGGAAAUAGGGCUAGUGACGAAGAGUUCAACCUGUCAGUUUACGAAGACGUAGGUGGAACCACCAACUUACGGUCCUCACCGCUUAUCGUGCAACAACAACAGUUUACUCUAAGGCGGGUAUUGUCACUUGCGAAGCGAAUGAAAAUUUUGGCGAGUUUCGCCGUGGCGAAUUGUAAGUUGCGAAUCUCUAACGAAUUCGCCAGAAAAUGGCGAACGAGUGGCGAAAAUAAAUUUCUGGUAUUGCCACUGGCGAAAAAACGUCAUUCGCUUCGCCAUUAGUGUCAAAAUUUGACGAAUGUAUUUUUUAUUCGCUAUUUGAAAUGGAAAGGACAACAAAACGUACAACAACGCAACAAUUUCAAAAAUUAGUUGCGUUAAUGGAAAAUAAUCCGGACGUCGCCAGAGGAAUGGGGAAUUUUGGAUCGACGAAGAAAAGCAGGGCAGAGCAAUGGGAUCUGUUCGCUGCCGAACUCAAUGCCAUUGGUCCACCAUUGCGAAACGGACGCGAGUGGAAUAAGGUUUGGUUAGAUUAUAAACUGAAACUAAAAAAAAAAAUCGCGACAAACCGACGCGAAACUGUUGCCACAGGAGGAGGACCUUAUGCUCAGCAAAGUUUAUCUCCAUUAGAGCAAAGUGUGGAUGAGCUUCUUCACCUUCAGGCGGCUGUAAAUCCUACAGGCUUAGCAUAUGGCUCUAAUGAAGUGGAAACUGCGGUAAAUAAUAAUGAAAUGCAGCCAGAAGAGCGCACGACCGUGGAAACACAACGAGCCAUGGAUUUGGCAUCGCAAUCCUCAAGCAGCCGUCCUAGAAUGACAGUAGAGGAACGUGAAGUCAUUCGGAUGAAAGCGUUGGAAAAGCAAGCCGAAGUGCAAGACAUCCUUUCCAACAAAAUUGCAAAAAUGGAAAGAAAAAUAGAUGAAAUUGCAAGGUAUGCAAGAAAAACUUAUGAACUUAAACAGGAAGAAAUUAAAUUAAUGAAAAUGAAAGAAGAAAGGAAGAAGGAAGAAUAUUUAGAGAAAAAAAAAAGACAUAAAGAAAAGAUGGAAAUAAAACUACAAAUUUUAAAAUUAAAAAUGCAAAAAAAAUAGGGUGCUUGUAAAUAGAUUGAAUUUAGUUUAUAGUUUAUUUCAUAAGAAUGUGAUGAUUUUUUUUUUAUUUCAUAUUUUAACCAUGUGAUGAAUUUAUUAUUACUUUAUUAUUGUAAGUGACGGAAUUGAAUCUGUGAUUUUUUUAA